CUUAUUUUACAAAUACCAAUUUGCUUCAAGUCUUCUUAUCUAUUUAUACAUCAUCUUCUCCAAUCCAACAAAAGACACACACAUACACUAAACUUACAUCCUCUUGUCCUAAAAAACUCUCCAAAAUCUGAAAAUCUUCUUUCACACAUUCUCAAAAUUUCAUCUGCUUUCUUCCUCAGAACAAGACAAAAGUAAGCUCUAAACUUUGUAGAAGAUGUAUGGAAAUAAUAAUAAGAAGGGUCUCAACAUCUCGAGUAUGUUUCAAAACUUCAUCCCGGACGGCGGCAUUUUCUCCCGACGCUGCAUUUGGGUCAACGGUCCGGUCAUCGUCGGAGCUGGCCCGUCGGGCUUAGCUGUCGCUGCAGGCUUGAAACGUGAAGGAGUACCGUUUAUAAUCCUCGAGCGAGCUAACUGUAUAGCGUCACUGUGGCAAAACAGAACGUACGAUCGUCUCAAACUCCAUCUCCCUAAACAGUUUUGCCAACUACCCAAUUUUCCCUUCCCGGAAGAUUACCCGGAAUACCCUACCAAGUUUCAGUUUAUACAGUACCUUGAGGACUACGCAACCAACUUCGACAUCAACCCUAAGUACAACGAGACGGUCCAGUCAGCAAAAUACGACGAGACGUUCGGGCUGUGGCGGGUUAAGACCAUUUCGAAGAGCGGGCAGCUCGGUUCUUGCGAGUUUGAGUACAUCUGCAGGUGGCUUGUGGUGGCUACGGGAGAGAAUGCUGAGAAAGUUGUGCCGGAUUUUGAAGGUCUAGAGGACUUUGGCGGAGAUGUUCUUCACGCCGGAGAUUAUAAAUCCGGUGGAAGGUACCAAGGGAAGAAAGUUUUGGUUGUCGGAUGCGGAAACUCCGGUAUGGAAGUCUCUCUCGAUCUCUACAAUCACGGAGCGAACCCAUCAAUGGUCGUUCGUAGCGCUGUUCAUGUGUUACCAAGGGAGAUCUUUGGGAAAUCAACGUUUGAAAUAGGAGUUACGAUGAUGAAAUGGAUGCCGGUUUGGCUCGCGGACAAGACAUUGCUCCUUCUUGCGAGGAUAGUUUUGGGGAAUACCGAUAAAUACGGUCUAAAGAGGCCGAAAAUCGGACCGUUAGAGCUAAAGAACAAGGAAGGUAAAACUCCGGUUCUUGACAUCGGAGCAUUACCCAAAAUCAGAUCGGGAAAGAUCAAAAUCGUCCCCGGAAUCAUAAAGUUCGGUAAAGGAAAAGUCGAGCUAGUCGAUGGGCGUGUUCUUGAGAUUGAUUCCGUUAUUCUAGCUACUGGUUACAGAAGCAACGUCCCUUCAUGGCUUAAGGACAAUGACUUCUUCUCCGACGAUGGGAUACCGAAAAACCCGUUUCCAAACGGAUGGAAAGGAGAGGCGGGAUUGUAUGCGGUAGGGUUCACGAGAAAAGGAUUGUUCGGCGCGUCGCUGGACGCGAUGAGUGUGGCUCAUGAUAUCGCUAACAGGUGGAAAGAAGAAUCUAAACAACAGAAGAAAACUGCUGCAGCUCGUCAUCGUCGAUGUAUCUCACAUUUCUAAAUUAGGGGAAAAAGACAAAAUGGAGAAAGGGAUAUUAGUGUUUUUGGAUGAUUGUCACUAAAAAAAAAAAAUCAAAGAGAUAACUAAGCCCUCUCCUCGGAAGGAAAAAACCCCCAAAAAAAAAUUUGUGAAAAAGAAAAAUAUUUUGGGAGUUUUUUCUUUAUUUUUAAGGAAGAUGUGGCUUUUUAAAUAUAUUUUUUUAAUUUUGUUUUGAGAAU